AUGUUCUCGUCUAUACUGACCACUGCGACAGCUUUCGCGCUUCUUCUUGGAUCAGCCUACGGAGCCUUCAAUGGGUCGGUCAACAAUAAUGCUGUAUACUGGGGACAGAACUCCUACGGGCAAGGCACUGGCGAUCUGGCUCAGAAACCUCUGGCAUCAUACUGCGCAGACACAAAUUUCGACGUGAUACUAAUGGCCUUCCUUUAUCAGAUGACGACCGGACACGGUGGCGAGCCUGUUAUCAACCUCGCUAAUCAAGGCAACAACUGCACGCUAUUCAACGGCACGCAGCUUAUGAACUGUCCACAGAUCGGCGAGACAUCACAACCUGCCAGCAACAGCUUUACGACCGCCGAUCAAGCAACGAGUAUGGCGAACUUGAUCUGGGCGACAUUUGGCCCUGUCUCAAGUACGACCUCUGCAGUAGAUCGACCAUUCGGCAGUGCUGUGGUAGACGGCUUUAACUUCGACUUCGAGAACACUGUCAACAACAUGAUCAGUUUCGGCCAAACUUUGCGCUCGCUUAUGGACGCCGACACAAGCAAGAAGUACUACCUUACAGCAGCACCACAAUGUCCCUAUCCAGACGCCGCCGACGGUGUUAUGCUCAACAACACCGUCAGCUUCGAUGCCGUGUUCGUGCAAUACUACAAUAAUUUCUGCGGCAUACAGUCCUACGUCGCGAAUGCCACCACCCAGAACAACUUCAACUUCGAUGUAUGGGACACCUGGGCCAAGACGGAAAGUAAGAACUCGAACGUCAAGGUCCUACUCGGUGUUCCAGCAGGCCCAAGUGCGGCUGGUAGUGGUUACUUACCAACCAGCCAGUUGACGCCGGUCAUCCAGUACUGUCAAACGUUCCCAAGCUUUGGCGGCGUUAUGAUGUGA